GCAGACGAAGAAAUACUGCGCAUGCGUCGAAAACCUGAUCGAGGAGAAGGUAGUGUUGGGAGGACCGGCCUGUUGCAUUGCUACGUUUUCCUUCAAUACUUGGGGUCUGGAGGUACACCCAAGGCUCUAGUAAUGUAAGAUGUCUUCAGGAGAGGACCGCACACACCACUGGCUGCUGACCAGCCCAGGACCUGGGGAGGCUGUUGUGGAGGAGGAUCCAAUGGUGGAAGACGUCCCCCCAGCUCCCCUCCUUUACCCCCUUGCCCCAUCAGGGGAGGACCCCUUGGCAGCUACCCCAAGUGAUGCCCCAGAUGAAGGCAUUGUGUCUUCACCUGUCAACAGCCUCGAUCUAGACAGAGACUCUCCACUGGGAGGCCCCCUUGAUGACGAUGAUGAUGAUGGUCCCCCCAGCAUAGAGACACAGCUGCCUGAGAAUGUGGAUGACCUUGAGGUGUCUGGCAUUACCUCCACCUGGAUAAGCUCGGGAGGGAGUCACUACGGCACUUCCCACCCUGGCCUAGGUUACUCAGUGCUUAACAAUGAGCAGCCUGAUGCAGACUCCUCUGGGCUGAGUGAGAUGCCAGGACUGGAGCCAGGGGACUUUGGGGUUGGUCCUGUCUAUGGUCCUCAGAUGCCUGGCAGUUUCAGCAGCCCUGUCCAUGAACCAGAGAUCUUGUCCUAUGGAGAUGUUACAGAUGAUAAUGCAGUUAGUGGGAUCUGUGGCCUUCGCAACUUGGGUAACACUUGCUUCAUGGCUGCAGGAAUACAGUGCCUGGUCAACACACCUCCCAUUGCUCAGUAUUUCUUCAGUCACCAUCACACCCACAACAACAACAAUGUGAAUUACUCCCUUGCUGCUCAAUUCUCCCAGCUCACACACAAGAUUUGGUGUGGCAAGUAUUCCUCCCUCAGACCAGCAGACUUCAAAGAUGCGUUUGGCCAGCAAUGGCGGGACUUCAGAGAUUACAGACAGCAUGAUUGUCAGGAAUUUGUGACUCUUCUCCUUGAAACACUACGGAAACAAAUGUGCCUGAGUGAUGAUGGAGGGGGAGGGAAGGGUGUGGAGGGUGUCAAGAGCAAGAAGACCAAGUGUGUGGCUGACAGUGGCAGUGGAGUGGCCAGUAGCAGCAGCAGCAGCAGCAGUACCAGUAGCAGCAGUAGUGGCAACAGCAGAAGUAGUAGUAGUAGCAGCAGUAGCACCAGCAGCAACAAUAACAAUAGCAAUAGGGCUGAAGGAAGCAGAGGAAGUCAACAGUCAUACUCCAGCCCCUCAUCCCCACAGUCUCCCCACUGCCCCACCUCCCCCCAGUCCCCUCGCUGCCCACACUCUCCUCAUCUACUCAAACAGCCUCUAGAACUUCGUAGUGAUUCACAUGAAGAAACAGUUGGUCUGGACAGUGGUGCAGCCUCCCCAAAGAGCAGCGUGUCCAGCAGCUCUGUUGAUGCCCACCUGGUUAACCUCAGACUCCAACCCAUCCCUGAGGAAGUGCGUGCACUGGGUCCCUGCUGCCGCAUGAACACUUCCUGUGAUGACCUCUCCCUGGCUGGCACAACAAGCUGUCAUGAUGCUGAGAGUGUGACAUCGGAUGUAUCAGACCCAGCAGAGGUGAGCAGUGCCAGUGUCCGCCGCUACAACCAGCUUGGCACCAGUGGAGGAAGCAGUGGUGGUGAAGUCUGUGAUGGUUCUGACUGUGAUAUCAGCUCCACUUGUAACCUGGUUAUUCCUGAUUUGCUGGCCACAUUACCCUGUCAUAGUAUAUCUGAUAUGGAGAAGAACCAUAUUCAGGAGUCACUUCGUCAGGAAAGGGCACAGCAGCAGCACCAACAACAACAGCAGCAGUACCAACAGCAACAGCAGCAGCAGCAGCAGCAGCAUCAACAAAUGCAGCUUCAGGAGGGAGAGGAGCCCACCUUGAGCCAGCCAAGUCAGUCAGACCCAAGUAACAGUAGUAUGGGAUGUUCUGGGUUUGUUCUCCCACACUCAUCAUUUGUUAAACUGGAGGACAUUAUGAAGGAGUCUAAGACAUCCAAUGUCAAUGUGCUGGUCAAGGAUAGCAACCCGGCCAACAAUGAGCUGCUGUUUGACUCAGAAAAGUAUGCCAAGUAUGAGAAAACACGGCUCAAAAACAGCCUGGACAAUCUGUGCAAGUCUGGAGUGAAGCGUGUCAAGGAAGUCAACCUGCUGCAGGAGGGGCGGUGUAGCAGAGUAGCAGUGCGGUCAGGGGCAGAACGUGAUGAUGGGGACGAGAGGGACAGACUCACCAUAAACAAACGGAUGCGGCUGGAUGAGAAGAAUGUCCAGUAUGAGUUAGAAAAAUCUCAGGGGACUGCUGUGGAGAGAACAGCAGAUAGCUCAAGUUCUACCUCAGGUGGGGAGACACACGCAGUACCUCACUCCCCUUCCAGGCUGACUCAGGAGCAGCGGCAGGCAGACCUCACUUGGAAGUCCUUCGUGGGUGAGGCAAAGAGCACCGUGGUGGACACCUUCUAUGGACAGUUCAGGAGCUCGUUGGUGUGCUCAGUUUGUGGACACACAUCUGUCAAGUAUGAUCCCUUUGGAACACUUUCUGUGCCUCUUCCGUAUGCCAAUCAAAUUCAGAUAACGGUAACAUACAUCUCCAGCAGUAAUAGUCCCCCAACCCGAUACCUCAUCACCUUGUGCAAGGUAUCAUAUGUGAGUGACCUGAAGGCUGCCCUGUGCAAGAUGGCAGGCCUGGACUCCCCAGAACACCUUGUGGUGGCAGAGGUUUUUGACAAUCACAUUGCAAGGAUUGUGGAGGAUGGCUAUAUGACUAAGUUCCUGAACUAUAAUCUGCGCAACAUCUACACCUUCCAUCUGCCACCACCACCACCAAGCAUUGAGGAAGAGGCACCUCAGGUCUCCCCACCAACCACUUCGGACAAGGUGUUGAAUGUUUCCCCGGAGAAAGCAAGUGGGGCGAAUGGUAGUGAGAGUGGCCGUGCUGGGGGCAACCACUGGAGGUCAUGCACCAUCUGUUUAGAAGAAAUGUGUCAGACGGAGCUCAAGACCCACCACACCUGUGAGGCGUGUUUGUUGUGUGAUGGCUGCAUUGAGAUGUCCUGCAAGCACCAAGGUGGUGGAGAGAGUCUAUCCUGCCCAGUGUGUCAAGCCUCACUAUCUCCAUCAGAUCUCAUACCUGUGGAGCGAAGGAAGAUAGAGAAGCCAAAAGCGAGGAUACUGCGGGUUCCCCUGGUGUUCCGCAUGGACCAGGAAAGCGACAACAACAACAAACGGUGCAUGCAACUUCUUGGCCACCCAGCCUUGCUUGCCCUCCCCUCACGGCUUAGUCCCACCACCCUCACACAGACCCUUGCCCCAAGAAUACCUCCAGGCAGCAAUUACUCCCUACUGUUUGUGGACGGGAGGGGAUAUAACUGUUCCCGCUGCCUCUUCUCAUCCCACUGCCGGGGUUGUGAGGUGCUUGGUGGCUCCGAAGUGGUGCUACAGGCCGGGGACACCCUUUGCGUGCGGUUCACCUCCCUCUCCCCUGAACAUCACCAAGCGCUUGCCUCCACUCUUGACCACCUGUCUCUCAAUGACCUCCGGCAGAAUGUUCCACUUACCCUUUAUGACUGUCUGCGAGCCUUCACACAGAGUGAGACUUUGGAGGAAGCUGACUCAUGGUUCUGUCCAGUGUGUGACCGCAAGCAACAGGCAACCAAAACCAUAUCAGUGUGGCGCUUCCCUCCCUACCUCAUCUUGCACCUGGAAAGAUUCUUAUUUCACGGCACAAUGAGCACAAAGCUCGAUGACAAAGUGAUCUUCCCUCUAGACGGGCUGGACCUGUCAGAUUAUGUGGCUGGGGAGACCAAUACCAAUCAGCAGUAUAACCUGUAUGCUUGUGUCUGCCACAUGGGGGUGGCCCAGGCAGGGCAUUACACAGCCUUUGCCCGAAGUCCUGUCACAGGAGAGUGGCACUACUUCAAUGAUGACUCGGUGACAAGACAGAAGCCUCGGGAAGAAGAAUACUCCACAUCUUACCUCCUCUUUUACCACAGGCAAGGCACAAACUUUGAUCUUCACCUGCCCCAACAUUUUGCCUUUGUGGAGAGUGGCUUGCCCAAGACCAGCCAGAGAGAUGAGGAGGAAGAUGUUGGGUGCAGUAGCAGGGCCAGCCCAAGGGACUUCAUUGGUCCCCUCCCAGCCCUGAGUGAAGCAGCAGCCCAGGAAGCAGAUGAAGGACAGGGACAGGCACCAGUGUUUCAAAUCAACAAGAUGCCUGACCUGAUAAACUAAAUACUUGUGUGAGGAUUGUGAAGAGAAGGACAAUACUUUUGAGGAGUGAGUGUCCUGUGAUUAAGGAUAGACUGCUGUGAGAAAGGGGUUGUGAUGUUGCCAUGGUCUCAAGAGUGUAAGGGAAGCUUGUUGUAUCACACAAAGAGAUAGAGGGAUCCUCCUUUGUAAGUGGCAACACUGUUGAAAUCUGGCUUCCAUUGGACCUGUUAGGAAAACCAGUGAAAUAUUUUAUUAUUACUUAACUGUGAUGAGGUGCUGCAGAGACCCAAAGAGGAGCCUGAUUGACGUGUGAGUCUUGAUGGUCAGCCAAAUGAUGUUAAUGUCGAUGAAUAUGAUGCUUAACCAGCUAGAACUUGAGAAAGGUUUUUAGGGUGGUCUUGUGAUAACUCAAAGGGAAACAUGAGGAACAUGUUUUCCUUGUAACUUGUAUUCUUCACAUGUGCCCUGUAUGGUGCUUUAGGCUGCUCCCAACAAUGUGAAAUUCUUGUGUGCUUUUGGUUGCCUCAGAUCCCAUGAAGAUCCACCAACACCUUAACACCAUCUCCUCAGAGAUGGAACUGUUUGGCCAGAAGAAAGUAGGAAAGUGAAGAAGAGUGAAUUGAUCACCAAAUAUAUUGGAUCUGGUCUUCAUACACUUUUCCACAUGUCCAUUUAUAUGCCUUUCUGUUGUAAAACUCUCAUAUCUAGAGGAAUUCUGGCAGCCAGCAGCCACACAGCAGUAUGCAGUAGCUGGCCAGGAUAAGUCUGUUCAUAAUUUGGUUUCCAGAAAAGACAGAGACAGCAAGGCAUGAAUCACCCUCUUCCUUAGUCUUUCCUGCUCCCAGGACUGCUUUCAUCACCAGCAGGAGAUACCCAAGAGAUUGGAGCUCUUCACCUGUUGGGCCAGAGCUCAUGUUCUUUUGUACUCUGGAUAGCAUCCUACAGAAGACUACACAGCACUACAUCAUCAUUGUACCAAAGGAAGAUCUUGUAUAUAUUCAGGAUUGAUGACAUUGCAAAACACUGACUUGGUACAAGCAGCUGUGUAAACUUUUGGGCUGGGUCUGGGAAUUUAAUCUUUUCUGUUGUUCCAUGAAAGUUCAUAAGCCUUGAAACUGGACUUGAUGCCUGUCCAGGAGUCAGUCAAACGGCAUGUGUGUGUUUAUGAACACUGGAUCUUGUGUGACUGGCUGUUUGGCCCAUAGAAGUGGGCUAUCUUUUUCCUCUCCAACUGAUGCUUUCCAUUCCUAGUCUGGAUCCCCUUGCCCUUGCUGCUUGGUGUGAAGAUUGAAAAUUCAAGAUAUAAUGGUAUUAAGGCACAAUGACCACCAUUGUCCACCAUGUAUGUGGUGCAGAUAUCCUCAUGUACCCAUGUGUAGCAGGAGGGCAAGCAUCUUUCUUCAGAUUAAGGACUCAGAGACUCAGAGCUUGGUCUUAUCUGCCUAUGGCCCAGGAACACUCAACAGGCUUGUGUGGCUCUGUUGGAUAUGAGUGUGAAUGGCUGUGUUACCCAGUCCAUUGGGUGAUUUGUUUUGUCUUUCACUGUCAUUUUUUUUUUCUGCCCCCUUCCUUGUGGGAAAUGGGGUAAUGAUGUAGUUUUAAAAAAGAGGCACUUUUAUCCAAUUAGUCUGUUAGAAUGAAGUUAUGUUGCAUAACACUGCAGUGGAUUUUGUCACAAAUUAGAAGAUCCAGUGAGAUAUCAUCAUGAGCAUUUUUUUCAUAUAUUGAGUUCAGGGUUUUCUAGUGAUGUGCCCCAUGAUGGGCUGUCAGUGAGCAGUGAUGGAGCACUGCCAGACAUGACUGGUUUAUCUGGACAAUGGGUGCAAGGUGACUAUUGCUCCAGAGUGGGUGUUUGUUCCUCUUCUGUGAUAAAGCGAGAGCUGAAGGAUUUUGUUUCUUUUUAGAGUAUUGAUCUGUUGUGGAGCUGAGAAGCUCCUAAAUGGCAAUACUGCAUUUGUAUCCAUAGAAGCAUUGCGUAGUGGGUAAUCAAUGUAGUUGUGCAUUCAGAGGGUUAAGAGCAAGAUGCUAAUGACACACACCAGUUACUAUGAAAAAUAAAUUGCUAUUUUGUUUGUAUUAUGCAAAUUUUUUGUCCUGUUCAGUACUCUCGUCUUUCACUUGGUAUUGCAGAGCUUUAAUUACUUAUUGAAGUAGUGUACUGUGACUCAAGUAUGGAUUAUGUUGAAAGUGAUGGCUAGUGUGUGGUGGUGGUUGUGGUGGUGUGGGACAGGAGUGCAGGGUGGCUGGACCAAGUGCUUUUGCUGCACUGCUGUUGAAGCCUUCUUACUAUAGUCAUGCGAAGUAAUAUUUUUAACAAUACCUUCAGUGAACUGCAUUUGGUUUUAAAAGUAUGUGUGUGUGAAGUUUGUGCAAUAUAAUGACUAGAUGAAAGUAUCCAUGUUUAAUUUCUGCUGAAAUAUGUACUAUAUAUUUUUAUUUUUAUGAAAAUUGAAACAUUGUCACCAGUGUAUCACUGCAUAAUUUUUGCUUCUGACUAAAAGUGUUUCAAUAGGUUGCAGGAACUUGAUGCUUUGAAUGUUUUACCCAUUUUUCUAAAGAUUUUCCAGGAAUACAUUUAGCAUCGUAGAACAACUCUGCCACUCGUUUACUGCAACUGUAAUUAGCCGUUACCUUAACCCUAGUCUCAGCCAUUUCUUGUAAUGUUGGAUCUGACCAAUCACCAGGAAGGGACACACCUCAUGGGGCUGGAGAAUGUAGGCUACAUGGAGGUGUGUCUCAUCCUCACCUGUGCCCAUGUGGCACAGUCAUCUCAGGGAAUAUGUACCCUAAGCUGCCUCUCUUCCACCAAGACACUGCAUCCUGUACAUAAGCUGGCCUCCCCUCACUCCCCACCUGCCAUGCUGUGUAUACUCCAGUCUUAUAGUAUAGUGCGCUGAGUUGCCCCACAGUACAAACUUGAUUACACUCCCUUUUGUAUUAUUUCCAGUGUUGUUGGUUCGUUUUAAGCUAGCUAGUGACAGCCUUCUCUCCCCCACCACCUCAGUGCUGCUAUGUUGUGUGUACUUCAUGCAGUGUCCUCAUGCAGUUCAUGUUAGACCGUGUAUCAAGGUAUUGGCAUCCUUGAAGGCUUUCCAAGCAAUUUUAUGUCCUGCUUCUGUGUUGUAGUAAGUGAUCUUAAUACUACCAUAUUUAUUUUGUACAGUGAGAAAUGGCUGUUCAUUGAUUUACAGCUUUGAUAAUUGUACAUACUGUUUUACUACUGUAUUGACACUUACUGCGAAACACAAUUUUUACUAGUUGUGAAUCAUUUAGUACGUACCUUGUGUUAGAUGUCUGGUUAUAAAGUUUAAAAGUUUGUCAGUGUAUGAGUGUUUUGUACUGAUAAUGCUUGACAGGAUGUUUACUGUACUGAUGUGAUGACAGGUUGCCAAGUAUAACCGUCAAGAGGAACCUUUCCAAAUACACAUUUCUGCUGAAACAAAA